AAAGAAAAUGGAUAAUGAUACUUCAGAGUUUCUUCUUUGGGAAUUCUCAAAGAUUUGGGAGCUACAGAUUAUGCAUGUGGCUUUGCUACUGGUACUCUAUUUAAUGACAGUAACAUGGAAUCUUCUCAUCAUCUCAGCUGUUGUUUGUGAUCACCAUCUUCACAUCCCCAUGUACUUCUUUUUGACGAAUUUAGCCAUGCAAGACAUUGGUUCAGUUUCAGCCAUUAUCCCCAAAACACUUUUUAAUUUUCUUACAAAUAGAAGAACUAUUUCUUACUCAGGGUGUGUUGCCCAAGUCAUGUUUUUAUUGUUUUUCCUGAGCUGUGAUAUUUCUCUGCUUACUGUCAUGGCCUAUGAUCGAUAUGUUGCCAUUUGUAACCCUUUACAUUAUGAAAUGAUAAUGAACAGGAAGGCUUGUACCAACAUGAUUGCUGGUGUAUGGACUGCCAGCCUUCUCAAUGCUUCAUUACACACUACUGUCACUUUUAUGAUUCCCCUCUGCUCUAAUAAUGUAAACCAGUUCUUCUGUGAAAUCCCAUAUUUACUUAUGAUUGCCUGUUCUAAUUUAUAUGUAUCUGAAAUUGGAUUUCAAAUUUUCAGUGCUAUAUUAGCAACUGGUUGCUUUGCCUUUGUCAUUAUGACUUAUGUAUAUGUCUUCUCUGCUGUUCUGAGAAUUCCCUCUGUUCAAGGAAGGAAAAAGGCCUUCUCUACUUGCUUGCCACAUAUGUUUGUUUUCUUCAUAUUUUUGUUUACUUGUUGCCUUGCUUAUUUGAAACCUAUAGCUGAUAGUGAAUCACAUCCAAACUUUAUAAUAACAUUAUUGUAUUCCAUUAUUCCAUCUAUGUUGAAUCCAUUUAUUUACAGCAUGAGAAACGAAGACAUCAAAGUUGCUAUUUCAAGACUUUUUGGUCAGAAGUUAGUAUUUUUUUAA